AUGGGCUCUGUCUUUGCACAGGAUGCCUCUACGACCUCAUUGAUCGCACCAACAGGCACACCAGUCUCUGGUGAUUAUAGCGGUGCAUUGAGACCGCAAGUGCAUUUCUCGCCUCCUCAGGGCUUCAUGAAUGAUCCCAAUGGUCUGUUCAAAGACGCUGACGGUGUUUACCAUGUCUACUAUCAGCUCAACCCGACCGAGUACAUCGCUGGAAAUCAGCAUUGGGGUCAUGCCACAACCACCGACGGUUAUACCUUCGAAAAUCAGCCUAUUGCGCUCUUCCCUCCAAACAACGAGACUUUCGUGUUCAGUGGUUCUGCAGUGGUCGACGUGAACAACACCAGUGGUUACUUCCCUGGUCAGGACAAUGGUGUAGUUGCCAUAUACACAUUGUCCAAUAGUACAGCUCAGAACCAGAACAUCGCAUUUUCCAAGGACGGUGGCUACAGCUUUGAGCCUUUUGAGGGCAACCCAGUCAUCGAUAUUGGCUCGAUUCAAUUCCGUGAUCCUCAGGUCUUCUGGCAUCCUCAGACCGAGAGCUGGGUCAUGGUUGUCGUUUAUGCUGCCGAGUUCUCCGUCGGUAUCUACACCUCGCCUAACCUCAAGAACUGGACUCAUGCCUCGAAUUUCUCCAACCAUGGUCUUUUGGGUACACAAUACGAGUGUCCCAACUUGGUCGAGAUGCCUGUCGAAGACUCUGACGAGACUAUGUGGCUCAUGUUCCUCUCGAUCAACCCUGGAGCCCCUCUUGGUGGCUCCGUCUCCCAGUACUUCCCGGGUUACUUCAACGGCACUCACUUCGAAGCUGUUGACCCCGUCGCUCGCAUCUCCGACUUCGCCAAGGACAACUACGCCGGUCAAUUCUUCUCUGGUAUCCCUGGCACUGAGAGGCGUCUCAGUAUCGACUGGGCCAGCAACUGGCAGUACACCAACGAUGUUCCCACCGAGAGCGAAGGUUUCCGCAGCUUUAUGACAGUUUUCCGUCAAAAUCACUUGAAGAAGCUGCCUGGUGUUGGCUGGGACCUCGUCAGCUCGCCUUUCAACAUAAGCUCUCAGUUCUCGCAAGUCCUUGCUUCCAACUCAUCGUUGGGUAACAGCAGUAUCUUGCUCGACUACUCAACUCUGCCUUCUGGUGCGCUCUACUUCGAAGCCAAUGUCACCGGCUUGACACCAACAACCUUGUCUGGAGCUAUCAACUUCAUCAUCAGUUCGUCUAUCAGCGGCCAAAACAUCCAAGGUGCCACCAUUCCUGGUGGAGCUACCUGGGUAUCGCGCAGAAACGCUGGCUGGGGUGCCGAGAAUCCUUACUUCACCGACAAGUUUUCAUCCAAUGGUGUUUACAGUGGUAGCGAGAACGGCACUUGGACACUUAGUGGUGUCCUUGAUCGCAGCAUUCUAGAAUUGUUUGUCAAUGGCGGCGAGCAGAGUGCUACAGUCACUUUCUUCCCUGACUACCCGCUUGAUACACUCAGAAUCGGUGCCAGUGAUAUCCCUGAGGGUGCUGCUGUCAGUGUAGCCGUUUGGGGAUUGAAGGAUGCUUGGGCCAGCCAGGCAAACUCUGAGGGUAUCGUCACCGGAAACACUACCACCUCAUCUUAG